CACCAAUCGUAUCUUCUUACAAUGAUCGGAUCAGGCCGUUACUUGACACUGUCGACAGGCUUAGGAACCUGAAUGUGAUGAGAGAAGGGAUCCAGCUUCCGACCAUUGUUGUGGUUGGAGAUCAGUCCUCGGGGAAGUCAAGUGUUCUUGAGUCCUUAGCCGGAAUCAGUUUGCCUCGUGGACAAGGAAUCUGUACUAGGGUUCCUCUUGUUAUGAGGCUUCAGCGAAGCCCUAACCCUGAACCUGAGAUCUGGCUUGAAUUUGGUGACAAAAGAGUUGAUACCGACGAGGAGCAUAUCGCGGAAUCUAUCUGCUCUGCAACUGAGGCUAUUGCAGGAUCUGGUAAAGGGGUUUCAGACACUCCUUUGACUCUCCAUGUGAAGAAAUUUGGUGUUCCUGAUCUUACAAUGGUCGAUCUUCCGGGGAUAACUCGAGUUCCAGUGAACGGACAGCCUGAAAACAUCUAUGAACAGAUUUCCGGGAUGAUCAUGAAAUACAUCCAGCCACAAGAAUCCAUCAUCCUUAAUGUUCUGUCAGCCACGGUCGACUUCACAACCUGUGAGUCCAUCCGUAUGUCUAGGCAAGUUGACAAAACCGGUGAACGGACUCUGGCUGUUGUCACAAAGGCCGACAUGGCUCCUGAAGGUCUCCUGCAGAAAGUAACAGCAGACGAUGUGAAUAUCGGACUCGGUUAUGUCUGCGUCAGGAACCGUGUAGGGGAAGAGACAUACCAAGAAGCAAGGAUGCAAGAAGAGUUACUUUUCAAGACUCAUCCACUGCUUUCAAUGAUUGACCAUGACAUUGUCGGCAUCCCGGUUUUAGCUCAGAAGUUAAUCCAAAUCCAAGCAACAAUGAUCGCCCGUUGUUUGCCGGAUAUUGUUCAGAAAAUCAAAGAGAAACUGGACAACAGUAUCCUCGAGUUGAAUAAGCUUCCAAUGGUUAUAACUUCCACAGGGGAAGCUUUGAUGACCUUCAUGAACAUCAUUGGUUCUACGAAGGAGUCUCUUCUAAGAAUUCUUAUCCAAGGCGAUUUCACGGAAUUCCCAGAUGACCAAAGCAUGCACUCUACUGCUCGUUUGGCUGAUUUGUUGAGUCAAUUCUCAGACAAUCUUGAAGCAAAGCCGGAAACCGUGACCGAGUUCUUGAUGUUUGAAAUCAAGGUACUAGAAGAGUGCAAAUGUAUUGGAUUGCCUAAUUUCAUUCCAAGAUCAGCAUUCUUAGCCAUCCUUUCACACCGCGUUGAUGAAAUGCAUACAAAGCCGGUCGAAUUCAUCAAGAAGAUAUGGGACUACAUUGAAAUUGUUCUCUCAUCAGUCAUAACCAAAUACUCUGAAAACUUCCCACAGAUCCAAUCUUCCAUCAAAAGAGUCGGUCGGAAUCUGAUCUGCAAGAUCAAGGAAAUAUCUGUGAGUCGAGUGAUUGAGAUCGUAGAGAUGGAGAAACUGACUGAUUACACAUGUAACCCAGAGUACAUGACAGUCUACACAACCAAGAUAGCUAAUCAAGGAAGCUUCAUCAGUCGUGUACAGGACGGUUAUUUGACCUACUCGUUAAGUGGAGUCGGGAAUGUUGAGAUUUCACAUUUAAGGAAGUAUGACGCGCAGUUGCUUAGGCAAGCGUUCGACAUAAAUGUGAGAAUCAAUGCUUACUGGACCAUUGUGGUACGUAGGAUUGUGGAUAAUCUUGCAUUGUACCUUCAGUUCUCUGGGAAGAAUCUUGUGAACAGUCAGUUUCAGAAGGAGAUCGUCGCGGGAUUGGUGAAUCCAAGAGGCGGAGGAGAAGUUGAGAAGAUGAUGGAGGAGUCUCCGUCGGUGGCGAGCAAGAGAGAGAAGCUUAAGAACAGUAUAAAGCUCUUGAAGGAGUCCAAGGAUGCUGUUGCCGCCAUUGUUGAUCAGAAUAGUUGA